AAUGGUAUCGAAGCGAUUUUCUGCUUGCUUUAUGACAUUGAACAGAAAAAAUUCAAGAAUGUAGCACGCGCGCGCGUGUGUAUGGUGGGUGAUUAUUCGUUCUCACAUAGCUUUCCUUGUUGUAACAGAUUGUGCGAACAUUGCGCUCUACAUAUUUACAUAUCGGACGUAAAUCACAUAGCUUUUAUGACAUUGGUAGCCCUAAAAUCUACAAUUUUUGCGUUAAACUCUUAAAACAUCACGUGUUAUAACUUUAAAUAAUUAUAGAAAAAUAAUAAUUUUUUAGUUACAAAAGAAAUGGAUGCAAAUUAUUACUUUAAUUAUAAUGUGGAUUUUAUAUACACAGGUAGUUCUGUCUAACAAUGGAUAAAAAUGUUUUUGGCAGACAGAUAAAUGAACAACUACUCAAUGAUCAAUCGAGUUACAAAAUACCUCGAUCUGUUACAACAAAGAAUAACGAUAAUAACAUUAAUAAUUAUAGAAAUAUUUUUCUCACUAUGACAGGAGAAAUUAGUUCACAUUACAUACAUCGAAACAAUUUCUUACAAAACAAGAAGCCUAAUGUUUCUUUUGUGGAGGACACAGUAGAUAACGAUGAACAAUUCAUCUCAAAUAUGAAAAAAAUAAUUGAUAAGAAUUAUAACAUGUACAACAAAGAAAAUUGCAGCAUAAGAAAUUUGCAAGGCAGAUUAUCAAAGAAAAAGAAAAGUGCAUUUACCGACGAAGAUCAGAAUCUAAUGAAACGAUUUAAAAAAUCUGUGGAUGACAACAAAACUAUGUCUGUAAUUCCACAAAAUAUACAGCAAUCUGUAACUAUAACUCCUGUUAGCAAUCACAAUUGUUCAGUGAGAGCAAAUAUCCCGCAGAUUACUUCGACUUUUGCAUCGAAUAAUAAGAGUUUAAGAAACAACACAAAUUCAUUACUGUUUCGUGUAACUUCAAAGGUGCAGAAAAAUGAUCAAUUGAUGCUAGCUGAAACUACAAAAUCUGCCACUGAAAUAGAAACCGAGCAAUUCUGUUAUGAAAUGCAGUACUUUACACCGCCCCAGGAAGAUUAUUAAAUAAUUUACAAUUUAUUAUGACAUAAUUUUGAUAACUUAUUAUAAUAUUAAAAACAAAAGUUUGAAUAUUACAUUUUAUCAUUUGUUCAGAGUAGAAUAGUUUGUGUUUCCUAAGGUUUUUCUGAUUUUAUUACACAUAAUGUUGAUUAAUCAAUAAAUUAGUACAAAUAAUUCUUUACGU